AUGCCCAAAUUAAAGUCAACAGUAGGAAGCCGUUUACGUAGUUUUGUGAUUGCCUCCGAAAAGAAAUUUACAAUUCAACAACACAUCAGUCGAGAUAAACAUGCUCGUGGAAUUCAACGAAAACUGAAUGAAGUGAAACAAAAUAAUCAAGUACUAUUAUCUAAUUUAACAAAUAAUUGUGAUCAAUCGUCAUUUAAUUUAGAGCUUAAAAAUAUAUCUGCUAUUCUGGACGGUGAAAAUACAACAAGUAGAGAUGGUAUUCCGGAAGACCUAACUUUCAAUGAUAUGGUUCAUUUCAAAUAUGCCCCUGCAGUUACUUCUGUGGACGUUGAACGAGGUUUUUUUUAUAUAAAAACAUUUUAUCUGACCGCCGUCGCAACUUCCUGUUUGAAAACCUUAGGAAUCAUCUAAUUGUGCAAUGCAAUAAUAUGUGUACAGCCAUACUUUACAAUUUGGUUCAACGGUACAUGACGAAGGAGCGGAAGGAACAUUUUUCAUUUGCAUUUUAGCAUUCUGCCUACCCAGUGUAUUUUACAAAAGUGCAUUUGUGUAUUUUUAACAAGACGCUAAAAUAUUCAGGUAUAGUUUUAACUUUUAUUUACAUAAUACGUCAUACUAAUGCCGGGCUGCAUGAACAAUCACUAAACAUAUUUAUUGAAUCAAUAGUGUACUAGUUGUCUCUUAAACAUGAUUUAGUGACCCAUAAUGAUUGGUCCGAUAAAUUUUAUUGAUCCAUUAACUCAAUAUAUUUUUUAUGCAACCCGGCAUUAAACUUCUAUAUAAUAUAGUAGACAGCCAGGGGAAUGAACCGUCCUCUAUAGAAUAACAUAUAAGUAGGUAGGUAUCUACGAUUUACGUGUCCGUGGUUAUUAGGUACCUAUUGGGGUAUAAGUAAGUACGCAGCUCCCUAAACGUAGGAAUAACAUGCACUGUAGCGAACUGUGUUAGUGAUCUGAUAUUUAUGAAAUAUAUAUGAAAUAUCGACUUGGUGACCUAACUUAUAGGAGUACCUAAUGUACUAAUGUCAGUGACGUAAUAUCAAAAUUUGGGCCCGGGAGAGAAAUUUUUAACGGCCUCCCUCGUCCAUGUGCCUAUAAGGAGAUAUGAGUGACAUCGAUGAGUGUAUUAUAUUUUUUUUUUGUAUGAUCUAUGGUUGUGAGCCAUACUUAACAAUUUGGUUCAACGGUAUAUGACGAGGGAGCGGAAGGAACGUUUUAUGUUUUUUCAUUAGUCAUUCUGGCAUUCUGAAUAUUGUACCUACCUAUUUUAUAAAAGCACAUUUGUGUAUUUUUAACAAGACCCUAAAACAUUCAGGUAUAGUUUUACUUUUAUUUAAAUAAUACGCACUAAUGUAGGCCUGCAUGAACAAUCAUUAAACAUUUAUUAUAUCAAAAGUGUGCUAGUUGUCCCUUAAACAUGAUUUAGUGGCCCAUAAUGAUUGGUCCAUUAUAUUUUAUUGAUUCAUUAACUUAAUAAUUUUUUUAUGCAACCAGGCAUUAAACUUCUGUAUUUAGUUGAGAA